GAAAACAUCAUUAAUCUUAAGAAAGCUCUGUUUUUCAUAUAUUGUUAUGAAACCCUACAUUUUUUGUCCCCUAUAAAAAAGAUUUAGAUCUUCCACCCUACGGAAAAACUUUCCAAAAUGUGUUUCUGGUGUACUAAAACUCGUGCAUGAUAGAUCUUUGAAAUAAUAGAGAAUUUCUGAUCUUUUUGUUUUCUCCUUUCCUAUUUAUUUUCAUUUUCGAAUCCUUUACGGAUUCUUAAUAUUUGCAGAACAAAGCAUCACCUGUUGGCUGUUAGAGAAGCAGGAUGGAUCAUCAAGGGCAUGGACAUGGCCAGAACCCAUCUAUGGGAGUUGUUGGAAGUGGACCUCAACUUACUUUUGGUUCUAAUCCAUAUCAGACCAGCCAUUUAACAGGUUCACCUGGGAUGGUUGUUGCAUCACCAGGGACCAUUCAAUCCACUGGUCAACCACCAGCAACUCAGCUAGGACAACAAUAUCAACUUGCUAAUCAGCACAUUCAUCAGCAACAACAGCAGCAACUGCAGCAACGGCUCCAAGCCUUUUGGGCAAACCAAUAUCAAGAAAUUGAGAAGGUAACUGACUUCAAGAACCACAGCCUUCCCUUGGCCAGGAUCAAAAAGAUUAUGAAGGCUGAUGAGGAUGUUAGAAUGAUAUCAGCUGAGGCACCAGUCAUAUUUGCAAGGGCAUGUGAAAUGUUCAUAUUGGAGUUAACCUUGCGUUCUUGGAACCACACUGAAGAGAACAAAAGGAGAACCCUUCAAAAGAAUGAUAUUGCAGCAGCCAUCACAAGAACUGAUAUCUUUGAUUUUUUGGUCGACAUUGUGCCAAGGGAGGACUUGAAAGAUGAAGUGCUUGCAUCAAUGCCAAGAGGAACUGUGCCUGUUACAGGGCCUGCUGAGGCACUUCCUUAUUGCUAUAUGCCCCCUCAACAUGCACAGCAAGUUGGAACUGCUGGUGUUAUAAUGGGUAAUAAGCCUGUGAUGGACCCUUAUGCUCAACAGUCUCAUCCCUACAACAUGGCACCACAAAUGUGGCCACAACCACCAGACCAACAACAAUCUUCUCCAGAUCAGUAGCUACUUAUUAUGGACGAUUCUUUGGUGCUAUUCCUCUCUUGUUAAUUAGUUUUACAAGAUUUGAAAUUUGAAGUUUAUGUUGGACUGAUCAUUUCAGUGCAUCAUAUUAAAAUUUAAUUAUGCAGGUUUUGAAUUUUAAUUUCCUUCUUUCUUUAUGGAAUUUAAUAUUUUUUGUAAUAGAGAUUCUUUAUGUAUCGCAAGUAUACAAAUUAAUUACCAAUAAUGGUUUAUGAUUUAUCAGUUGUUAGUUCUAGAUGCAUGAUUUAUAGUUGCGGCUGGUGCUGGUCUGCAUUAUGGUUUUGCUUUAGUUACUCCAACCUGACUUUGCAUUACCAAAAAUAUGAUAAGUUUGUAUA